AUGGAAAAUGAAUCAAAUUUCCCAAUAUCUGUAAAGAUCAACAAAAAAUAUAAGAAAGAUUUCAAAGAUUGGUUCCUAGAGAAUGCUACCCGUGACUUUAAUUUACAUUUAUCAGGAAUUAGAUUUUUUGAUUCCUGUUUUGCAGAGAAUUAUUUUAGUAUUAAGAAGCUCAAACAAUAUUUGACACCAGACCCUAAUAAACUCAUUCCGUUCUUAACUAAAUUAAUUGAUUACUUGAAAUCCCUUCCAAAAGAUAAAGUUUCAUUUUCAUAUACUUUCGAACCAAACUUUCAAAAAUAUAAUCAUAAUCGUUUCCCUACAAAUCACAAACAUUCUUCUAAAGCUGAAAAAGAUAAUUCCAAAAAGAACACAAAAAAGCGAAAAUAUUCAUCGAGUAGUGAUUACUAUGACUACAGUGAUUACAGUGACUAUAGUUAUAGCGAUUAUAGCUAUAGUGAAUAUUCAUAUAGCGAUUAUUCGUAUAGUUCUGAUUCAAGUAGUUCAAAACAUAAGAGUAGUUCUAAAUCUACAAAGAAAUCCAGUAAAUCAUCAAGCCAAAACAAAGUUGAUGAGAAAUCAGAAAAAAUUAAGAAUUCUGCAACUUAUAGUUCGAAAUCUAAAAUAAUUUUCGAAAGUGAUGAAGAUAAGAGCUUAUCUCCCAUCAAUAUUAACUCAUUCCAUUAUUAA